UCUUAAACAUAAACCAGAGGGUUUUGGGAACGAUUCAUCUUCUUCCCCUUUGCUACGAAAUUGAAAUUGAGACUCGAUUCUUUAAUACUUGCUGGCAAAUGUUACAUAGCCUCAUACGAUGAAUCGUCUUUCUUUUAAUCAUGUUCGUUUGCAAUAUCCUGAUUAAACCCUAGAAGCUUUCAGAUUUUCGAAAAUGGCAACGGAACAAGAUACGUCAUACCAAAUGCUAGAAUCAUCUCUCCUCCCUGAUUGUUUGUCUCUGUCUCCGUCUCCAUCGGCGAAAAUGGAGCAAUCUGCAAGGAAAAAGCACACAUUGUGCAAGCCAGACUGGUCUCUGCUCCCUGAAGAGUUACUCCACUAUAUCUCCACCAAGCAUCUGGAAGAUCACUGUUUCGAUGUUGUCCAUGCUCGCUCUGUUUGCAGCUCGUGGAGAUCUUCAUUUCCAUUUCCUUCUUGCCUAUUACGUCCACGUUACUCUCUUCCAUCGCUACCCAAGUUCGGUUGGAAAAGAAAGGAAUUGUGCAUCCUCGAGAAGACCCCUAUGUUCCUGUUUAAAGUCCUAGAUACCACUGCUGCUUCUGCGUUGCCUUCUGAGUAUUUUAUGGGAGAUUUAAGCCGAGAUAAUCGUUUGGAGCUACCGUCUCAUCUUCAGUGUUCAGUUAAAGUGAAUGUCUCAGGAUCUAAUCCAUUCUUGAUGAACAUGCUUGACUGCCAAAUCCUCCCACUAGGGUAUCAGUACAGAAUGGUCGGUCGGAAUCCUGAAGAAAUGACGAUAGCUUUUCUUCCACUAAACAAGGAUGAAGGAGGAGAAGCAGGAGAAGAGUUUGUUGUGCUUCUCAGCUACUCUAGUUAUUUACUGAUGUUGACAAGUGCUGAAAUGAGGUGGAUGUGGCUUUCGAAUAUCCCAAAUGCUUCAUGCUCGGAGUUAGUCACUUUUCGAGGCAGAUUUUAUUUAGCCUUUCUUAACGGGGACAUUUGCGUUUUCGAUCCUUGUUCGCUUGAAGCGACUGACCUGAUGCCCUCACAGCCUCUGCGAUCAAGCAAUUAUCUGAUUUCAUCUGGCAAUGAUGAACUUUUUUUGGUUGAGAUAAUCGGGCCGUAUCCUUUGGGAUUAGCUUUUGGUCGAUUCACAUGUAGAGUCAGUCGGCUAGAUGAGGAGGCUAGUAAAUGGGUGGAGGUUCGCGAUUUGGGAAACCGUGCAUUGUUUAUUGGACUGCUGGGAAAUAGCUCGUGCUCGGCUAAGGAGCUUCCUGAUGGUUGUGGUGUGAGUAAGAACUCGAUUGUCUUCACCUUUGGGCCGUGCAAUGUAUCUUACAUCUAUAAAUAUGGAGUACAUACAGGAAACACGGAAGACGACCUCAAUUGGUGGAGAUGCGCAAGUGAGAGUCGUGUGAAUAUCUUCUACACGAAGUCAUAAAAUCUACCUUUGGAUCUACCCAAGAGUCUUAAGACAUCUAUUGGUUUUGGUUUGGUAAAGAUAUAGUGUCACGGACACAUGCUGAAGAUCAAGAUCACUCGAGAUUCAAGUCUUUGUUAAAUAAAUUGGAAACACAGUAGCGUAUAGAAAUUGUUGUCUCAUGAACUCCUCAAACAGUGUCUAGCUUUGUUGUCAUAUGUUUUGACAUAAUAAGUAUUAAGUAUGAUUAGAUUACCAUUAUUA